CCUUAUAAAUAAUGCCCCCAACUCACAUCUUAACAUAACUCAAUAUCUUUAAAACUGUGGAAAGCUUAUUUUCUCCAAAAUUCAUAUAUUCACAUCAAACAUUAAGCUUUCCAUAGUUUUAUCAUACAAUUGCAAUGGCUCGCUCUUUCGCCAACGCUAAGGUUCUCUCCACCAUCCUCCUUAAUGGAUUUUCCAACACUCUCACAAGACGUGGUUACGCUGCGGCAACAGAAAGUGCAAGCAAGGUGGGUUCAAUUAGUGGGAAGAUAACAGCACCAAAAUCAGGAGAAGAAAAAAGUGGUUCAACUUAUAAGGUUUCGUGGGUUCCUGAUCCUGUUACUGGUUACUACAAACCUGAGAACAUCAAAGACAUCGAUGCUGCUGAUUUACGCGCUAAGCUUAUCGGCAAAAAAAUCAACAACUAAUUCAUUUCAACACAUUCAAGAAAUUUUGGUUUAGGUUACAUCAAAAUUAUAUACUGUAUUCAAGAUUGGUAAUUUAAACGGUGGAUCUGAUGAACUUUCGGGAUUUGACGUUAGAGGGUUUAACGAUGAUUCUGUUAAUGGCGAAGAUCCUACUCUGUUAGGAGCAUCUGUAUUUGUUGAUGAUUAUUGGUGUUAUAAUGUCUUCCAAUCUUAUUUAAUGCAAUUUAUAUUUUUAGUACCGAUCA